CUGUUGGUUGCUUAGUGAUGUGCAUUGUUUUUGUUUACAAAUUUUGGGUAGUUUCUUGCGAAAGAAUUAUGAGUAAAAAUAUUAAAGAAGAUGAAAUUCCUCUUACAUUUUCAUCGCCUGCUCUUAGCGAAACGAAAGCUAAAUUCGAUUCUCUUCUACGGGUUGCGAUAGAAAAGUAUCCUAAAGAAAAGAAAAAGUCUAAGGGGGUUGAAGAGAGAAGGAAACCCAAGCAAAAGCCCAAAAUAGUGCACAGCUCAUUACCCAAACCUGAGGCAUCCGAGGGUUACUCUCUAACUUACGGUUCGUCAUCCCAAUUGCUACCACACGAUGCUGAGUUCUCAAGCAGUAGAGAAGAAGAAGAAGCAGUGGAGAAUCCCUCGAAGGCAAACAGACAUUCACAAAACCAGAAUGUGGACGUUUCUGAGUUGAUUGCAAUGCCAGAGAACCACAAGCAGAGAAAUAACGAAGGCGGUGCUGACGGGAGGACAGACGUAAGGAAGUGGAGCAGCGAUGCGUCACCGCGUCAUAAGAAGCGCGAUGCAGAUGUACCGGAGGAAAGUUUCGAGGGCGAGAACAGCAGUGGUUCGGUCGAUAAUAGAAGUUCAAUCAAGAGGCCCGUGCCUCUGCCGAGAACCAGAACCAGAGUGUGCGCUGGAGCACUCGUUAGCAACAGUGUUACUAGUUACAAGUCAGAGGAUGAGUCUGGUACCGACACUCACAAGUCCUUGGUCGUGGAAGCGCUAGUGAGCGCGGCCGAUGGCGCGCCGCUCUUCACCACCGACCGCGGGUCGCCGGGGACACGGAACGCAGGCGGGAGACUAGAGCCGCAAAGUUACGAGGAGAUCCAGAUGGCAGAAUUGAACUCACCGAAAGAGAAACCACCCGGACACAAAGUUUCACACAAGAUCAGCAAGAAGGGAAAAAGAACUAGAAAAAAACAUUACGAUUCUGAAGAGGAAGAAAUUGUAACGGAUGAUGUAGCACGUGUCUGUGACCCAAUCAUAGAUUCACUACAGAUGGAAAAUACUGAUGAACCUUCAGAGUGUACAGGUACGAGGAAUGAACCUGCCCCUUCAACGUACAGUUAUGAAAAAAUUGUUGGUGUGUUCGUACACAACAGUGAUUGCUUGCAGCCAGACCUGCUGGUUCGACACCCUCUCGUAAAAGUGCACUUGAUCUGCGCUGAUACGGGGCAGUACCUCAAGAAGAGCAGCGUGGACCGCUCGGUUUCUUUCUUCUACGAGAACGAGACUGUCGACUACAUCUUGCCACUGAUGACUGAAAGUUAUGACUUUCGUCAGAGAAGGUCCAUCUUACCAUCUUGGGAAGAACUACUUGUGUUCAAUGAAGAUAUUGAAUACAUUUUAAACCCUGACCUGUCAGUGGUCAUCAUGUUUGAGAUUUUGGACUUUGUAAGCUUCUCUUUAGCAAGUGCUAGAUACAAGAAACUAGGCACCGAGGGUGGGUGGUAUAAAAUAGCGUGGGCUUUCCUUAAGCCAGUUGGAAAGAACGGGGUCCUCAACAUUGAUAAGAAACUACGCCUGCAGCUGUACAAGCCACAGUCCAGCCAGUCUUUCUCUUGCGACGCCUGCGAGCCGUACCUGUGGUGGAGCUCGGGCCAGUGGAGCCGCUACCCGGGCAGCCUGUACGUGACGGUGAAGGGGAUCCACCCGCCGGGCGACCUUCCACCCGCGUUGCGCUCGCGCAGUGCCCUGCAGGGCGAGCGCGGCUCGUGUCGCAUCGUCAUCGAGCCAGACGGAGACGGGCUCGAGCAGACGUCCUCGCCUGCAGCGACCCCGUCGGCCGCCGACGCCGUGCCAGACUCGCUGCGCCCGAACUGGUCCAGGCUGCCCUCCCAGUCGUGCAGGGUCCCAAACAGACGGGCCCUCACCUUGGACACGCCCCCGCGGGGGUGCUUCGCAGUCAGUUUCAGUUCCUCUGGCCUCUUCUUGGCGUGUGCCCUCGCGUCGCAGGACACCUUCGCCAUUGCUGUCUACACGAUCCCGGAGGGCAUGGAGUACGUAAGGCUGCCCGCCCACCAGGGGCUGGUGUACGACCUGCGUUGGUCCCACGACGAUGCAGCGCUGCUGAGUGCGUCGGCCGACUGCACUGCUUGCGUCUGGGACGUGCCCGGCAAGAGGAGGCAGCCCUCGCACAUGCUUCCCCACCCCUCGUUCGUGUACUGUGCUCAGUUCCACCCAACCAACAGCUCGAGUCUCGUCACCGGCUGCUGCGACUCGGUGGCGCGUGUGUGGACCAGGUCUAGGAGAAGCAGACAGUACGAGCUAUCGCAGGAGCUGGAAAGACACGUUGGGUUCGUAAACACCCUGUGUUUCGACAGGCACUGCAGGCUGUUCACGGGUGACAGCGAGGGGAAGAUAUGUGUGUGGCAUGCUGCCCAAACAAGACAGAAGCAUCGCCCGCCAGACUGGGAGCUAGAAAGGGAGAUCUGCGUCUGGGAGCUGAGGGGCACCGUGAUCAACAAGCUCGUCGCUCACCCGGGGGGCCAGCGCCUGCUGGUCCACGCCCGGGACAGCCUCCUGAGGAUGCUGGACGUCGGCACCGGCAGCGUGGUGCAGUGGUUCAGCGGAGCCCUCAACCACAGGCUGCAAACCUCUGCGUGCGUGACACCGUGCGGGAGCCUGGUGUGGGCAGCCAGUGAGGAUGGCACCGUGUGGGCCUGGCACGCAGACACGGGUGAGCGGGCGGCCACGUACACCGCCCUCGGCUUCCACUCGGCGUGCACCGGCGUCGACUAUCACCCCCGGGAGCACAUGGUCGCGUUCUGCUCGCACGGAAGCGCGGGCCCCGUGGUCGUCUGCGACUACGACAGGGGAUCCUCCGGUCGGGAGCUGGGGCUGCGGGCUCGCGACGACGGCCGGCCGGAACGGCCUGCUCUCCCGCCACUGGCUCGGCCUCCUCCGAGGAGAAGCCACGGGAGUGGCGACCCCAACUCCACGCCGCUCUCCGCUCCGCCGAGCGAGAGUGCCGAUUCGGAGAGGUUUGCCUCAGGUGCUGAAAGCUUCAGAAGUGAGAAAAGACUGGCCACCAUCCUCGAGAAAAUAGACGAGGUUCUGUCGUUGCCAUCUGCUCGCUGUGCACCAGCAGUUAAUAGUGGCAGUUUGGUGGCAAAGUAGCAAUAAGCUGUGCUAUUUAUUUAUUUAUUUAUUUAUUUAUUUAUUUUUUGCAGAGAGUCCGUUUUCAUACAUACAACUACCUCAAUGCCAAUUUUUAUUUUUUUUUCUGCAAUAUGAAUUGAUAUCAAGACAAAAAAAAUUUUAAUAGGUGAUGUGUAAUUGAAGCCUUAAAACUCCAUGCUACUGUCUCAAGCCAAAUUCAUAAACUGUCAAAUAAGUGAAAAAUGUGUUGAAGUCAACAAGUGUGUGAUGCUUGUCUUUCUUUUGUAUUGUUUUCAAUGAGGAAAAUAAAUAGUACAAAGUAUGCUAGUUGGUCAUCAUUUAUACAUAGUCUUUUAAAU